AUGCAGGCUGUGGUUGGAGUGAUGCUGAUGUUUGUUGGAAUCUCUUCUGGUGUGAGAACUUACUGUGAUGGCAGACAGGAUGGAGUUCAGUGUUUUGGAGCUCUGGGAGGAACUGUGGUCCUCCAGCUGAUGGACGACGCCUCAGAAAUACACAGAUAUGAAUGGAAAAAAGAUGGAACAAUAAUAUUGAACGGAAGAAAGAAUACCAUCAUCACUAAUACCAUGGAGACCAGAUCUGUCUUUAUUCCCAGUAAUGGAACAUUUCUGAUCAACAACCUGAUCAAGACUGAUAGUGGUCAAUAUACACUUAAACUCCAGGAUUCAGAUGGACGAGAAACAGGCGAACAAUCUCUACAGUUGUUUAUUCAAGCUCCGGUGUCCUCUGUCCUGCUGGUGUCUGAGUGUCUGUCUGAGGGACAGAUGAAGGUGUCCUGCUCCUCUGAGGGAGGGGACAGUCCUCAGUACAGCUGGACUCUGGAUGGAAACACACUGACAGACUCUGAGCUCCUCUCUGGAACCACUGAGACAAACAUCAUCAUCCUGAAACAAAACCUCUCAGGACGUCUGGUCUGCUCAGUCAGGAACCACAUCAGUCGUGUCUCCAAUGAACUGAUGGUUUCUGUCUGUAGAGAUCUCUCUCUGCUCAGAUGUGCUCUGAUGGCUGUUGUGGCGGUCGUUUCAUUUAUUGGGAUUGGUGUCUACUUCAAAUGGAAGAAGACAAAAUACAAGAAAGUUGAAGCGUCUGCUGCAGCACAAAGAACAGAGUAUCCAGAGGAGUUCUCAGUGACUGAACUGUAGAGGUUUAUUGAUCACUGAUCAUGUUUUAGAUAUGUGUGAUGACAGUUAAAUACAA